AUGAAGAACAUUGUCGCCCCCUUCGCGGCGCUCGUCACCGCGCUCAGCGUGUCGGUGUCGGCGCUCGCCCCGCUCGAGCGCAACCUUGCCUACCGCUCGCCCUCGCUCUCGCUCAGCAACGGCGACGGACUCGGCCACGACAUCGAGCACAUUGGCGCCCAGAUCCGCAAGCGUGCCUACGACGACUACGUCACCUCCAAGGUCGAGGGCAAGGCUAGGAGGAACAACGCCAAGGGCAAGACCGAAGCCGACUUCCUCGUCGAAAAGUACGAUGGCGACUACGGCUCCGACGGCCGCGACGCGUACAAGGGCAAGGUCAGCUUCCCCUACGGCGUGGCUGCAGGUGACCCGUACCCGGACUCGGCCAUCCUCUGGACGCAUCCCGUGCCCGAGGAUGCCAACACCACCCUCCCCGUCUGCCUGCGCUACCAGACCUCGCGCAGCGAGAGCGACUGGUCCAAGGCCAACUUGGUCGACGACAGCUACGCUUGGACUACCAGCGAGGUCGACUACUCGUUCAAGGUCGAGACGUCCGGUCUGCAGCCCAAGACGCAGUACUACUACCGCUUCUUCUCGUGCCACGACAACUCGGUCGUCUCGCCCGUCGGCAGCUUCAAGUCCAUCCCGGACUACAACGAUGACGAGGUCGACUCGCUCAAGCUUGCCGUCUUCUCGUGCUCCAACCUGCCCUUUGGCUACUUCAACGCCUACCGUGCGGCUGCCGCCCGCAAGAACGCCGACUACUUUGUCCACGUCGGCGACUACAUCUACGAGGCUCGUGGUGACGGUCAGAAGGUGGCUGGCGAAAACACGUACGGUGAUGGUCGGGCGCUCAACCGCGUCCCUGAGCCUGAUCACGAGAUUGAUAAGGACCUGCAGGCCCUCCACGGCAGUGUGGCCUUCUUUGGCAUCUGGGACGACCACGAGGUUGCCGACAACUCGUACAACCACGGCACCGCCGACGGUAACAACACCGACACCGGUGCCGUCCGCGGCGUGCGCUUCACCGAGCGCAAGCUCGCUGCUGUCAAGGCGUACUACGAGUGGAUGCCCAUCCGCCAGGUUGACACGACCGACUCGCUGCGCAUCUGGCGCAGCUUCCGCUACGGCAAGCUCGCCGACCUCUUCCUGCUGGACACGCGCAACUUUGACCGCGACCUGACCGAUGUCUACUGGAACACGGACGCGGUGGCUGCGAUCAGCAACGACACCGACCGCUCGCUCAUGGGCGGCAAGCAGGAGCAGUGGCUCUACUCGGGCCUCGUCAACUCGGAGAGCCGCGGUGCCACCUGGAAGAUCGUGGCGCAGCAGAUCAUCGUCAACUGGCAGAACUACGGCACGCCGUCGUUCAUGUACAACUAUGACGCCUGGCAGGGCUACCGUGCCAACCGUCGUCGCUUCUUCGACACCAUCGUCAACAACAACGUCGAUAACACCGUCAUCCUUGCGGGCGACUCGCAUGCCAACUGGGUCUACGACACCGUGCCCGAGGACCGUCUCAACACCACCGCCUACGACCCCACCACGGGCGAAGGCUCGAUCGCCGUCGAGUUUGCCGGCACCGCUGUCUCGUCGCCUUCGUCGUACGGUGCCAACCUGACGCAGGAAAAGUACCUCAAGCGCGCGCAGGACCUCGUCACCGUCAACCGCAACCUGCAGUGGGCCGAGGGUGGCACGCGCGGCUACUUUGAGAUCGAAUUCAGCAAGGACGAAUGCAACGCCCAGUUCUACGGCUACAUCAACAACACCAACCCCAACGCUCCCGAACAGCUCAUCGCGCAGUUCAACGUCAAGAAGGGCGCCAACCAGCUCACGCGCCCCAUCAACUACGGCAUCACGCCUAGCUCCGGCGCGCUCCAGUCGCAAGCCGUCGACUACAGCAAGCAAAAGUGGAACGGCACCGCUUUCGUCGCCCAGAACUAG